ACACUUAAUCUUCACAAAACAACAUGUCAUUCGAUCUUGACAGAUAUGGCUAAUUUUUCCUGACGCCUGUGGGGUUUUGACAAUUAAUGAAGCGCAAAACGAGAGUUUUCAGUCUACCAAAAAGUCAGAAAACAAAAGUUUCGAUAAAGGUUUUUUUCUCGGUCGAAGAAAGCAUGAUGCGUCAAAUUUAUACGUAAAUUAUUUAACUAUCACAACGUUUAAUAAUGGAUCCGGAAGUAAGGAAAACGUUAAUGGAGCUAAACCGGCCAAGAGGAAAAUUCCGUACUCAGGUUCUUAAGAAAUCUCAGGAGAAAGUAAGAAAAAACAUUAAAACUACGUUCAAAUUUUCUGGUGUGUUGAAAAAGAUUCGGGAAAACAUCCCAAAAUGCUCGUGUACAAGCCAACUUUCCCGCGCGUUUUUUACGGAACUUUUUCCAUUUUGGGGAAUUAUGAAAAAAUACAGCAUACGAAAAUAUCUACUGGCAGAUUUUGUAGCAGGACUAACUGUCGGAAUUAUCCAUAUUCCUCAAGGAAUGGCCUACGGACUGCUGACCAACCUACCCCCCGUGUACGGACUCUACACCAGCUUCUUCCCAGUCAUCCUCUACUUCUUCUUUGGGUCAUCAAAGAAAAUAUCCCUGGGCACUUACGCCGUGACGAGUUUAAUGGUGGGCGCUGUGGUACAGGAUAAGUCAGACCUUUAUCUACGACCUCCGAACCCGACGCAAACAACUACUGCACCGUCGACAAUCGUACCUUUCCUAAACACUACUCUAGACACGCCCUACAGCAUUCUGACGCUCAAUACUACAACGCCACCUAUGGACACUACUACGCGUCAUCACCCCACGGCUGCGGAUCUAACGGAUGAUGAACUCAGGGUCCGUGUCGGACUUGCUAUGUCCGUGUCGUUCAUGGCGGGAUUUAUCCAGCUCUUCUUGGGAAGUUUUCGUUUUGGCGGACUGGCAUCUUUCAUGUCCGAUCCGUUAAUUAGCGGAUUCACCACCGGAGCCGCCAUACAUGUCUUCACGAGCCAAGUGAAGUAUCUGUUUGGAGUGCAGGUGUACUCCUACCAUGGAGCGUUCAAGAUGAUCUAUUUUUACCGUGAUUUUUUCACCGUCCUGAAUCAAGUAAAUCCAGUAGCAGCGGUGGGAUCGGUGACCACUAUUUUUGUUCUCAUUCUCAUCAAGGAGGGGAUUAACAAUAACCCAACGUGCAUGAAGAGAUUACCUGUCCCAAUUCCAGUAGAACUAUUUGUGGUUAUUGCUGGUACUGUGAUUUCCCAUUACACGAGGAUAAAUGAGAAAUUCGAUGUAGAGGUCGUGGGGUAUAUUCCUGUCGGAGUACCAGCACCAACAGUGUCUCAUUUGAGUUUCAUAGGUGACGUAAUUGGUGACGCCAUUGCUGUAAGUUUCGUCGCUUUUGCUACGUCAUACGCCAUGGCGAAAAUAUUAGCAGAGAAGGACAAAGAGGAAGUCAACGCAAAUCAAGAACUGGUGGCAAAUGGAAUGUGUAACGUGAUCGGAGCCUUGUUUUCCUCCUUCUGUUGCUCUGCCUCCCUCUCCAGAAGUCUGGUACAAGAUAAUUCCGGAGGGAAAACACAGGUAGUUGGUCUCGUUUCCUCAGUGCUUGUGUUCAUUGUCAUCGCGUAUCUUGGUCCCAUGUUUUCCAGUCUGCCUAAUUGUAUCCUGGCGUGCAUAGUGAUUGUCACACUCAAAGGAAUGUUUCAUCAGUUCCGCGACAUGGUGUUUCUAUGGAAACUAUGCAAGCGAGACUUUGCUGUUUGGUUUGUGACCUUCUUAGCUACAGUGAUUUUGGACGCCGGCCUGGGUUUGAUGGUCGGAGUCAUAUUUGCGCUUUACUUUGUACUCCGAAAUACUCAGAGGCCUUACAUUUGUGCUAUGGGACGAGUGCCAGGAACAAACGCCUAUAAGGACCUAAAGCUCAGCCGGACGUUAAUCCAGAUUCCCGGGAUUAAGAUAUUCCGGUUCGACUGUAAUCUUUAUUUUGCCAAUGCUGAACAAUUCCGGGAUCGCCUGUACGAGAGAACAGGACUGAACCCCAAGAAGUUAAAAACAAAGAAACAGAAAGCCUUGUACAAAGCACUCAUACAACGAAAACGGGAGAUAGAGCUUGCGGAAAUAGAGGAGGCAGCAGCACUAAAGAAAGAAAAGAAGCAGCUGUUGAAGCAGAAGAGUUCUAUUGAGGAGGAUGUGGAAAAGAAUGAGGACGACAAGGAACUGACGGAGGAACAGCAGACAGAAUUACAGCUCGAGAACGGGGAAAUGCAGGCCCGGUUUUCCCGCGCAUGGAUACCACCUGUCCACACUGUGGUGCUGGACUUCUCCGUCAUCAGUUACGUGGACACCGUGGCUGUUAAAGUUCUCUCACAGAUUAUAAUGGACUUCAAAGAUGUCAGCAUCAAAAUCUUCUUAGCAGGAUGUAGAGAGGAUGUCAGGAAGAUCAUCAAAAAAUCAGAAUUUUAUCAGACAAUCGACUACAACUGUCUCUAUUUCACCAUACACGAAGCUGUCGUCAUUGCUCAAGAACUUCACCAACAAGUAGGGGAUCCACCGAUGAGUCCCAAAGACGUGUUGAUUGUGGAGGAAGAGAGUAAGGAAGCCAGUGCCAGAAUGACGGCAGGUGAGGGCGAUGGUGCAGAAGAAAUCCCACAGAUCGGUGCUAACAAAUAGGUUAAUACAACGAAUGAUUGAGCUGUCUCAGGAAUUGUGUUACAAACUUCGUGAAGAUGACGUCAAAGAAAAAACCUUAAAUGCAUAUAAAAUGUAAAUUAAAUAUGCACAAAGACAGCAAUUUAAUCAAUAUUACAGAACAGUCCUGGACAAUAUAUACACCUACUUAAAAGUGGCUGAAUAGUCCGAAAUCACAGAGUAGUUCUUAUUUUGUAUGUUUCUAAUCCUUUGAUGUUCAACAUAUAUCAUUCACUGUAUGUGAUAUUUAUUUUGAACAUGUUGGACUGUACCAGUUAUGUAAUUACAAGACUUUGUGUGUUUAAUGCAAAUCCUUAUAUUUAUUGUCAUGUCAGACAGUCUAAUAAACCCUCUGAAAAUGUU